AUUAAACUUGAGUUUAAAAUGAAAUAGAGUUGUUUAAGUUUAUUACAUUACAAGAUAAGGCUAAUUCAUCAAACUACAAGAUAAGGGUAAUUUUGUUUAUAUUAUCCGAAAAUAUGCCAGAAGGAAGUUGAAUAUUGUUUUUCCUCUCAAUUAUAACUUGUAUUCAUGAGUUGAUAUAAUGAAUAUUAUGCGAAAAUUGAGAGCUGGGGUUUCCAGUGUGCCACCGGUCUCUUCAGCAACCUUAGGUGAUACAGCUUCAUCGUCUCCACACAAUCAAUUAGGAUUAAUGCACUUGAAGAAGCUCUUUUCUGAAUACACUCAUCCGAAUCAUCCACUUACAGAAAAGGACAAGGAUGAUAAACUUUACAACAUGCUUCCCUUAUUCUGCAAAGUCUUUGGUUCCAAUCCUUCAUCAGAUAUGAAUGAAAAAUUUUGGGAUAUUAUGGCUUUUUGCCAACAUGUAUCUUUACUGAUGGUGAAUGAAAUAAGGAAGAGAGCUUCUAACCAAAGCACAGAAGCAGCAAGUUGUUCUAUAGCAAAGUUUUUAGAAAUUGAGAAUUGUGAAGAAUCGAGUAAUGGCUGGAUGUUGUUAUCAACUUUGAAUUUAUUAGCUUCUGGGGAUACGACACUCAUUCAGGUUAUGUCUGAAGUGUCAGUACCUUCCACUUUGGUUAAAUGUUUGUAUUUAUUCUUUGAUCUCCCUGAGAUGAAUGAGAAAGACUCUAAUACAAAGGAAACAAAUAGCGAUUUUACACCUAGAGAAAGAAGGAUUUUACUCCAGAAAAUCUUUGUUCAGCUGUUAGUGAGGUUAUGUAGCCAUAAGAUACCCGCAGAAGAAUUGGCUAGAAAAGAUGAUUUGACAUUAUUGUUUUCUGCAAUUACAUCUUGGUGUCCAUCAUACAAUACGAUGUGGAGGAAAAGUGCAGCAGAGGUCCUCAUGACUUUAUCUCGCCAUGGACUAACCCCACCAGUAGUUGGAUAUAUUCAUUCAAAGGGGUGUGUGGCAUUAUGUAUAGACAAUAUGAAACGUGUACCUGAGUUAGCACCCUUAGAAAUAGUUGAAAUGUUUGUUACCAUCUUCUGUUUUUUGAAGGACUCUAGUGAUGUCUCAUCAGUGUUAUUGGAUGAUUUUCGACAAGCUCAAGGUUAUCCUUUCCUCUCAGAUUUUCUUCUAAAAUUGGAAAAUGAAAAAUUGCCUGAAGCUCAGGAAUCUAUUAGAAAUCUGGUAUUAAUGGUGACAUCACUUUGUAUGUGUGGCUACAUUGAGUUGAAACCAUCACAGGCUUCUGCAGGUUCUUUGUUUCAAAUGCAAGGCUUCGUUUUACCUCAGCCUUCUGGUCAUGGAGCUAGUGUUAGAAAUAUUCAAGCUUUUCAUGUUCUACAGACAACCUUUGUGAGAUCAAGUUCUACUAUUUUACUAUCUACUAUAUUAGAUGCCAUAUCCAGUAUUUACCACUCCGACAGUGCAAACUACUUCAUACUCGAGAACCAAAAUACCCUUAGUCAGUUCACAGAAAAAAUUCAUACCAAACCAACCGAAAUUCAGGAGAAGUUGUUCAAAUUGAUCGAAUUUCUUGUUUUCAAUUUGAACUUUGUCCCAUGUAAGGAACUUAUAUCGAUGUCUAUUUUUCUGAAGACCCACAGUUUGAAACAUCCCGAAUGUAGUAUAUUAUGCCUCCAAACCUUAUUGAAUAUUUUAAAACACAAUUCCAUCUUCAAAGAUGUCUAUAGAGAGGUGGGCAUGUUGGAAGUUUUCGUUACAUGUUUGAGGAGGUAUGCAAAUUUUUUAGAGGAAAAGAAACUGACCAGAGACAACAGUAGGAAUUACGAUAUACCAGGUGAACAGGAGAAACUGGGGAAUUUGGUAGUGGAAGCCCUAACCUCACUAUUGAGCGGAAACUCAUCAAACGCUACCGUCCUGAGAGAAUGUGGUGGAUCGAAGAUAGUACACAGUCUAGUCCAGUAUCAGGAGUGUAAAUAUCAAGCUCUAGGAAUCAUAAAAGAACUAAUAUUAACUACGGGUGGCGAUGAUGAUAUGACCCAGAUACUUCAAACACUUCAAUCUGAUCCAUCAAGUAAUCUACAGUUGAAGAUUGAUAUACUUGAAGCACUUCGAUUAUGUUUGAAGGAAUCCCAUCGUACAAGAACGGUAUUCCGGAAGGUCGAUGGUUUUAUGUAUGUAUCGCAAGUUAUACUCACUAUGAAAGGAAAAUUCCUCCAUAAAGAAGAGUAUAAACAGGAAUAUCUUCACCUUUUACACUUGAUAUUCCAAACAAUCAAUAUAGCAAUGCGAUUCGAACCUGCCAACGCAAAGUUUUUUCAUGACGACCUAUGCAAAUCAUGCUUGUGCGAUCUGUUACGAUGCCUAGGAUGUUUCUCAACAACUAACGUUGGCAGCGUAAGGGAAGUGACUUUGCAAACUAUUUCUUUAGAGUCCCAGGAUAUGUUCUAUAAUAUCUUUAUUGGGAACGUAGUACAAACCAACAUUCCAGAUGAUAUUCCGGCCCAUCUAUUCUAUUCCACCAUAAUCUACAGACAUUUGUAUGAUUUAGCCUUGGAUUUAUAUGACAAACCAAAUUCAGGAGUACUAAGUAUUAAAUCACCAUCUCUUUCAAGACAGUCUUCAUGUGAACCUCAAAGUAGUAGUGCCAAUAUGAAUAAGAGGAGCAACAUAUCAUCUUUAAAUUUAAACCCUCCUGUGCCUGAUCCAAUAAUUGUUCAUCCUGGUGUAGUGGUUGUCAUGCUGCAACUUUUACCGUGUAUAGAGGAUGAAGAGACUGAAAUGGGCCUGAGUUUGCAACUUCUGCUCGCUGAAAUAAUUAAAUCGUUGGUGAGGAGUGAAAGGAACCAACAGGUGAUGUGCGAUAAAGGUCUCGUGAGUCAGAUAAUAUCGUUAGCUGCUGUGGCCUUGCAAAACGAGAAUCACCCAUUGCAUACUCCCAUUCAGUACAUUUUAGAAAGAUUGGCUGCGCAAGCAAUGGAACCAAUUAACUUGAGGCAGUUUUUGAGGUUAGGUAAUCCUUUGAAUUGCCUGCCGUUGGAGCAGAGGGAAAUGGUUGGCGGUCCUGUUCCAUUAACGAGGAUCAAGACGUUGGUUUCUAUGACGACGCCGAAAGAUUUCAGGGCGCAAUCUUCACACUCCCUUCCGCCGUUUGUCGAGUUCGACAUGUCAGCAGAAGGCUUCGGAUGUCUCUAUUUACCAAGUAUUGCGCCACAAUCUCCGGCUACGUCCAGCGUUGUUUCUAAUGCUGACACUGCAGUUCUGGGAGGAAUUGGAGCAGGAGAUAGAAUAUUUCCUCCUCAAACGGGAUUGAGUUACUCCACCUGGAUAUGUGUUGACAAAUUUUCUGAUCCAAGAACAGAUCCUCAUUGUGUUCGUCUCUUAACACUUGUAAGAACAUUCAAUGGUGCCAGGGAUGACCACUUGGUUUGCCUAUCUGUGGUUCUAUCUGCCAGGGAUAAAGCCAUUAUUGUUUCAACACAAGAGACUCACAUUCCUAGUCAUGUUGGUGAAUGGGAACCUGAAGGAUCUGGAGAACAUGGGGCUAGGGUCUGGUGUCCUGACAUUCUUCACGAAGGACAAUGGCAUCACAUCGUGGUUGUCUUGAAUAGAGCAGUCCUUAAGAAUUCUUCUUUUUCUUUAUAUUUGGAUGGGCAUCAACUUCAUUCGCAAAAGAUGCAUUACAUCUCUCAGAAUCCAGGUGGUGGUUCCUCGAACAUGGCCGUUUACUCAUCAGUGUAUGGUUACAUUGGGACACCACCAGCUUGGAGAAGAUAUUCGAAAUUAUGCUGGAAACAAGGACCCUGUCAUUUAUUUGAAGAAGUUCUCACACCACUGACUGUCACUCAGAUGUAUCAGUUGGGCCCGCACUACAUGGGAUCCUUCCUGGCUCCAAAUUUGAACAAAGGUGAUAACGCACAAUUAGUUACUGAAGAAAAAGUUACAUUUGGAGUGAAUGCCAAAGCUGUUUCUUUAUUGACUCUCAAUAAAAUAAGAAAAGUGUACAGUCGCACCGAUAACAAAUCCAUAGCAAAACAACUAGGAAUGUCUAGUCAUGAAAGCGCGACCCCUAUACGUAUUUUACAUAAUUCAGCUGGACAUUUAGGCGGCUCCGCGAGGACUCUAGGAGGUGUUGUUAUAGGAUAUUUGGGUGUCAGGGUUUUUUGUCCGAGACCUGUUGCAGUUACGAUUGAUGCAGUUGGCGGUUGCGCAGUACUUCUUGGUUUGAUUGCUAUGGCUCAAGAUAUAGAAUGCUUGUAUGCUGGAGUAAAGGCGUUGGUUUGUGUUGUAAGAAGUAACAAAGUUGCGCAAAAUGAAAUGGAUAGAAAGAGAGGAUAUCAAACACUAGCCAUGUUAUUGAGGAGGAAGAAAUCACUCCUCAAUUCCCAUAUUCUUCACUUGACCUUCAGUUUGGUAGGAACAAUAGAUAGUGGACGAGAAUCUUCUGCUAUUCCAAACAGGACAGCAUUUCAGGAUCUCUUGUGCGAUCUAGAAGUUUGGCAUGAAGCUCCAGGUGAACUCCUCAAGUCCCACUUGGAACAUCUCUAUGAACUAGCUGCUGAGUCAAGCGAGAAAAGGACAAACGUUUGGAUAAUGAGAGAUCUGAAUCUUGUGGAAAAGCUGCUUCAUAUAAUCCUUGAUAUCCAACAUCCACCCACAAAACAGAUUCUUUUCUCACUCUUGUCUGUACUCCUAAGCGGACAACCCAGACAGAACGACCUACUUAUUUUUGGUCAGUUUCUAUGUUCUACCAUUCCGCAGCCUUUGUCUCUCAGUGAAAAAGGCAUCUCACUGAAAGAACAAGAGAAUACAGUUGAAACCGAACGUAUUACGUUGAGAAAUAGGUGUUUGAGUAUCCUACACUCAAUGAUAUUUGCACAGAAAAAUGCAGUUAGCGAAGAGAUCAGCAAGACUUUAGGUUUCGAUUGGAUAAUACUAUUCAUGCAACCACAUUUGCAUUCAUCAACUGUGGUUUGGGGAUUGAGAAUUUUGGUUGCAAUGUGUGCCAACCCCACUCUCAUGAUAAGAUUUCGCGAGGGCAGUGGGAAUGGCGGAUGGCUGAGGCACAUAGAGCAAAUAACCCACAACAAAAUGGCUGUUAUUCUAGGUGUUCAUCAUGUUGCAAGUUAUGGAAACGAUUCCAAGUCAGAGGGUCUUCAUAUCCCAGGAUUCAGAUAUUUAGAAUGGCUACUUCCCGCCCAUCUAGAGGUCUAUGAGGUGUAUUUCCUCUUGACCGCCCUGAUGAUGGGACAACCUAUUAAGAUGUUGCCAAGCGAAAAAAAUUUCGAUCUGGAUACAGUAUGGGCUUUCUUAUGGGGCUCAACAUUGAAUAACCAGCCGAUAAGUACUGUCGCGCCGCGGGUUAACAUAUGCCAAGAAGCUAUUGUUGUGUUGUUGAGUAUGGCUAGACAUAUAAUACACAGCGAUGUCAGUACUCUUCCUGAAUGGCUCCAGAAUCACACAAUAUCUAUAAUUCAGGUUUUAUUCCAGCUCUACCACAAUAUGCCUGAAGUGAUGCCAAUAUUUAUGUCUUCUGAAGUCUUAGGUGCCUUAGCGUCAGUCUUAUUCCCCCUGCCUGCUUCCUUCUUCGAUAGCUCUGAAGAUAGCGGAUCCUCCACUCCCGCCGGUGAGGAAGUUGACGGAAUUGUUGUCGUUCCCAAAACACCAAUCGAAGAAGAGGCUCUCACAACACAUCCUGCCAGGCAGUUCAUAAUGGACUUCAUUCGGGUCAUAAUAGUAGAUUCUUUAAGUUUGUCCAACACUGGAAAAACUUCUCCUGUUAUAGAUUUAGCAUUGGAUGCCUUUCCUGGAAACUCCACCCCAUGCCAACAAACCUGUUAUCAAACUGAUGUGUUAGUCAUACUGAUGGAUCAUCUUCUAGCUGCGGAUAUGUUGGUCGGUGAUCAAGCAGCUAUACCUAUCGUUCCAUUACCAAAUGCUCAUAUUCAACAUAUAGCACCAAAUGUGUUUUAUCUAACGGCUAGGAUUGUAGAUAAAUUAUGGAUGGGUUCUUUGCAGAAGGAUCCGCAUGACGUGUUCGAUUUCAUUAUCAAACUAAUUGGACAGGCUAAGAGAAGAACAGGAAAUUUGUCCUUGGAAUGUUUGUAUCACUGUCUAAACAGGUGCAUCUUGUUUCUCCUUUCAAGAUCCACGGAGACUAUUGCAGAUCAAAUGUCAGUGUUGGAAGCUUUACAUAAACUCACAAAUAACAGAUUGAUCAUAUUCGGAGCUGGUAACCAUGAAUUGGAUUUCAUAGGCUGCCUUACCUAUUGCUUGCUUCAGUUAACAGCAGACAUGCGCGUUAUGCUAGAAACUAAUAUAAAAACUACUUGGCAUGUCAAUCCCAGCAGCGAUAUAGAAUCCAGGGAUGAAUGCUUGAAUACCCACCAAGGCCGCAAUUUAAUGGCUGGGGCUGCGCUCAGGGUAUGGGAGGAAUUAUACGUCUGCAAAAAACCGGCCAUCGAAGAAGUAUUCAAAGUAACCUUGGCAUCACCUGGACCUAACCAGAAGGCACCCGACCUCACAAUAGUUAGAGAUCAAGUGUUCGAGUCCUCUUCUAAAUUGUGGAUUAACUAUGUGGAGAUGGAGAGAAAAGCGACCUAUCGAGUACCUUGGGAACUGCACAAUCAGAUUCAGUCUAAAAUUCACAAGGUCACUGGCGGAUUGACGCGACUGGCUAGUCGAACCAAGGUUAGAAAGGAGGAGACGUUGAAAAUUAAGGUCAGAAUGGGGAAAAAGGAAGCAUUCCAAUGGAUGAUCAAUCAUGUAGAGCUCAUAAGAGAAUUAAUUGAAAUGAGGAGGCAGCAACAUCAAAACACUACUCAACACACUCAGAGAUAUGUACAUCAAGAAUGGUUACAAACAGAAAAUGAACUAACGCGAGAACGAGGACUAUGGGGACCACUACAGCCUUGUCAUUUAGACAAAUGGAUGUUGGAUAUGACAGAGGGUCCUAACAGAAUGAGGAAAAAGACUAUGAAGAACGAUCUUUUCUACUUGCAUUAUCCCUAUAGGCCUGAACAUGACAAAGGCGCUCUGAAGUAUAAAGUUGCCACAAGUAAUCACAGUAAAGAGUACUAUUACGCUGUUCAAGCUCACCAACAAUAUAGUAUAUCAGGUUUAUCCGAACCUGAAAGAUCAGAUAGCUUAAUCGAGGAGCCUUCACCAUCUCCUUUACCCUUAACAGCUCUACCAUCAUUGACCAGAUUGAAAUCGGACCCCGAAGAAGGCCAGGACGAUAACGACAACGAAGAGGAACUACCAUCUAUUGCUCCAGACAAUCAAACUCUGAUGAGACUAUUGGAGGAAAAUGAGAAGAUCACGUAUAUGUUCAGGUGUGCAAGAAUUCAGGGCUUAGAUACAACAGAAGGAUUAUUGCUCUUUGGACAAGAGCAUUGUUACGUCGUAGAUGGAUUCACUUUGUUAAAGAAUCGAGAGAUAAGAGAUAUUGAGAGUGUUUCCAGCAAUGAAAAUGAAUAUGAACCGAUUUUGCCUAAUCCAGGAUCGCCUCGAAGAUCAAGAGCUAUGAGACAGUGCUCAAGAUUUUCAUAUGAUGAUAUAAGGGAAGUUCACAAAAGAAGGUAUCUUCUUCAGCCCAUGGCUCUAGAAGUAUUUUCAGGAGAUGGUAGAAAUUACUUACUGGCUUUUCCAAGAAAAUCCCGAAAUAAAGUUUAUCAGCGGUUCAUGGCUUCAGCUACUGGAAUAUCUGAUAGUGCACAACAAUCAGUUGCCGGCCAGAAGAGAACUGCAAAUGUUGAACAAGCUUCAGGGUUGCUUAGCAAUCUGAUCGGAGAGACUACCGUUACACAAAGAUGGGUGAGAGGGGAAAUUUCGAAUUUCCAGUACCUCAUGUACCUGAACACACUUGCUGGUCGUUCUUAUAACGAUCUUAUGCAAUAUCCCGUGUUUCCUUGGAUUCUUGCUGAUUAUGAUACGGAAGAAUUGGAUCUCACACACCCGUCAACAUUCAGGGACUUCACGAAACCCAUGGGUGCACAGAGUCCUGAGAGAUUAGAACAGUUCAAGAAAAGAUUCAAGGAAUGGGAUGAUCCUCAUGGCGAAACCCCGCCCUACCAUUAUGGUACUCAUUAUUCUAGUGCAAUGAUUGUUUGCUCCUAUUUGGUCAGGAUCGAGCCCUUCACACAGCACUUCUUGAAAUUACAAGGUGGCCAUUUCGAUUUAGCUGAUAGGAUGUUCCAUUCGGUUAAAGAAGCAUGGUUGUCAGCUUCCAAACACAAUAUGGCUGAUGUUAAGGAACUAAUUCCAGAGUUUUUCUAUUUACCAGAAUUUUUAGAAAAUAGGAAUCAAUUUGACCUAGGUGUCAAACAAAAUGGUGUAGCUUUAGGGGACGUUGUACUUCCUCCUUGGGCAAAACAAGACACUAGAGAAUUCAUAAGAGUACAUAGAUUAGCUCUCGAGUGUGACUAUGUCUCCCAAAAUUUACACCACUGGAUUGAUCUCAUAUUUGGUUAUAAGCAACAGGGCCAACCAGCCAUAGACGCAGUCAACGUUUUUCAUCAUUUGUUUUACGAAGGCAAUGUAGAUAUUUAUAACAUCGAUGAUCCACUGAAAAAGAACGCGACAAUCGGUUUCAUCAAUAACUUUGGUCAAAUUCCCAAACAGCUUUUCAAAAAACCUCAUCCGUUUAAAAAGAUGGGGAAUAAUAACAAUAAUCGAAGUUCUGUAAUAGAUACCAGUUCAUUAGUUCAAGCUUUUUCUGUUCCUCAACCAGAAAAAUUAUUCUUUCAUCAUUUGGACAAUUUGAGGCCGUCUCUUCAACCAAUUAAAGAGGUCAAGAGUCCAGUCGGUCAAAUUUUGCAUUUUGAUAAGAAUGUUUUCGCCGUGGAACAAAAUAAGGUUCUCAUACCACCAACCUAUAACAAAUAUGUGGCUUGGGGUUUUGCUGAUCACUCACUGCGUAUAGGGAAUUAUGAAAGCGACAAAGCCGUAUUUGUUUGUGAAAGUGCUAUUCAGAAUAAUGGAGAGAUCUUGGCUUGUGUUACACCAUCGCCAAGAUUGAUAGUCACCGCUGGAACAAGUACCGUUAUAACAGUAUGGGAAUAUGAGGCCAGAAAAAAGGCCUUGAACAUAAAAUAUAAUCUAUAUGGACACACCGAUGCCGUCACUUGUUUGGCUGCAAGUCCAGCCUACAACGUCAUCAUUUCCGGAUCAAGAGACUGCACGGCGAUAGUCUGGGACUUAUCCAGGGGUAUGUUUGUGCGCCAGUUGAGGGGGCAUGCUGGUCCAAUAGCGGCAGUAGCCGUCAAUGAUUUGACUGGUGAUAUAGCGACUUGUGCUGCUACUUGGUUGCAUAUUUGGACAAUCAAUGGUGACGAAGUUGCCAGCGUAAAUACAUGUGUGGGAAGGGCGGAUAGGAUGCAACAGAUAUUAUGUGUUGCAUUCUCGCAGACUCAUGAGUGGGACCCAAUGAACGUCAUUAUGACAGGGUCGACAGAUGGUGUCACAAGGAUGUGGUGCAUCGAUUAUGUGCAAGUGCCAAACGACGACAUGAAUCAAAUCUUCAAGGAGUCACUAAAAGAAAUGAGAUCUCUAGAUAACAAACCUAAGCCAAUUAACCACAAAUUAGUUAAGCAGAUAAAUGUUUCGAACGAAAGUUCUUGCUGCAGUCUUUUGAAAUCAGGAUCUGAGAGUAGCCUAUCAGAGGACAACAAUUCUAGGAAAAUACCAAAAAUAGUGAACGAAGAGAAGACUACCAAAGAAUGGCGGAAUGAACAGCAAAACGAGAAAGACACUUGUAGUGACACUGAAGAGGCAACGCCCCUCUCGCCUCCUGUUCCUGCACGGAGGCGGCGAUCGAGAAUACACGGAGGAUUGCGAAAGAGUGAAGGUGGAAGCAGUACCGACAACAACAGCUUGGAAGUUGAUGAAGGAUCUGGAAUAAGGACAAGUAAGUCAGAUACAAGCUUGACAGAUUCCUUCGUUAUUAUACCAGAAACGAAGAAAAAAGCCAUAAGUCCCUUGAAUAUCUUAAGACCUGGACACAAGUGGCAACGACAACUAGUUUUCAGAAGCAAAUUAACGAUGCAUACAGCUUAUGAUAGAAAGGACAAUACUGAACCAGCAUCAAUAACUGCUUUGGCAGUCUCAAAAGAUCAUAGAACAGUAUACGUGGGAGAUACCAGAGGGCGUGUAUUCUCAUGGAGUGUCACUGAACAGCCUGGAAGAGGAGCAGCCGAUCAUUGGUUGAAAGAUGAAGGGGCGGACUACUGUGCAAGCUGCAGUAUUAGAUUCACGAUUUAUGAGAGAAAACAUCAUUGUAGAAAUUGUGGGCAAGUUUUCUGUUCCAAAUGCAGUCGAUUCGAAAGUGAAAUAUCUAGACUGCGUAUCUUGAAGCCCGUGAGGGUUUGCCAGAAUUGUUUCGCAACUCUCAAGCAAGCAGGUUGAGAUUAGA